AUGACCACUCAAGACCCACCGCGUUUUGAUACCCACCAGACCGAUUCUGCCCACUUGGUACUUCGAGAAAAGAUACCUUUCUGCCAUCCGGGAUACCGGGAACCAAGGAACACAUUACUGGUUCUUCCGCGCGUCGAUCCUGCCACCACAUCCCUUUUUGGCAUACAUCAUCGAACAGCCCUCGUUGCAUGCCAGAUAAUCGCCAACAAUGCCUUUGAAACUGGCCAUUUCACCCUCGAUAAAGACGGCCAGCAGCGUGUGGAUGUGGCCCCUGAUGGCCAAUACCCUGUUGUACCAAGCUUUCGGGACUGGGAGUUCCUUCGUGCUCGCAUCCCAGGCCCCUGGUCUCAGAUUCCCAUUGAAUUUCCUCCUGCCAUGGGCCGCUGUGCUGUUACCAAUUUUUCAAUCUGUCUUGAGGAUGCCCACCUCAUUCCAAAGGAAGAGGCCAUCUGGUACACAAGGAAUGGAAUGAAUCUAUAUGGAGAGGAUUUAGGUGAUAUUGAUGGGUCAUCCAAUCUUGUUCCACUGAGAUCUGAUAUCCACAAGUGCUUUGACAAUCGAUGGCUUGCCAUCGUUCCAAAAGUUACUGGGACUGAAGUCGCUACUACAACAACCUCCUCUCCUCAAUAUGUUACACAUAUAUUUUCAAGUCGUGCAUCUGAAUAUUGGCCCACAUAUCAUAAUACCCGUGUCCAGUGUCUCAAAACUCAUUCCCCUCCAUAUAUCUUCGCUCGGUUCGCUUGGACCGUACUCCUCCAUGUUAAACCCUUUAUCACCAGUGGUGACUCGCGUCACAUCAUUCGACUACAUGUAUCAUCUGAUGCAGAAGGUACCAGGAUGGAACAAAAGGCAGAGUUUCCCAGUGGUGCAGAGCUUAAAAAUAGUUAUGGCGGUGAGAGAUCAAAGAAUGCAACCCCGAGAAAGAGAUCAGCAGUGGGAAGUACGGCGGAUGAUGGCAAUUUCAUAGAGGCUGGUGAUAGCAGUGAUAGCAGUGUGGAUGGGACUUCUGGGAUGAUAUGA